UUUGCCAUGGAGUUGCUGGAACUUGCUCGCCACCUGAAGCAAGAACAAUUGUUUGUGACCUCUGAGCGAACCCAGCUGCAGAAGUUGUUUGAUGAAGUAAAGCGUGUUGCUGAGGAACUUUACCAUGAAUCAUGGGUUACAAGAGAACAAAAGGCAUGUCUUGACAGUCUCAUCUUUUCUCCUCAGAAUGUGGCACCCAAAGAAUGUUGUCGUAGAGCAAAUCAUUUACAGUGGACAAACUUUGUGGACAGUUACAAACAUCUUAGUUAUCAUGAUUCUAAAUAUGGAGAAUUUCUUAAAUUCUUACGAGAAAAUUCCAGUCUUUUGGCACACUGUGUAGAGACAGGAGAGAAAUCCAGCAAUGAGUACACACUCAAAGUGGUACCUCUGCUCGUGUCUUCUGUGUGUGGCAAUUGUCUCCUCCUGGAGGAUGAACAGAUAGCUCUCCAGAUGAUGACCACAUUAGCAGAGCUUCAGUUAGCUACAAAUGAUGACCCUCGACGGCUACUUCGCAAAGGAUCCUGUGCUUUUAGUGUUAUGUAUAAGCUGGUCUUAGACUCAUUGUUUUCUGCCAAACUGUUUCUUACGGCUGCUCUUCAUGAUCCUGUUAUGCGUUUGUUGAUGGAGGAUGAAUGGUUUUAUGAUAUAGAUCCACAGAAAGCCCUUGUUCGGUUUCCACCACAGGAACGUGUUAAAAGAUUUGGUGAACCAGGGACAGAAGAUUAUAAUAAGAGGUUUCAAGAAUACAGGAUAUUCAUUGUUGACAAAUUGGUAGUACUAACAAAUAGAUUUAUAAAUUCACUCAAGAACAAUAUCCAUUGUUUUCCAGCAGGACUUGGAUGGUUAGUAUCACAGAUUUAUCACAUUCUAACGAAGGCUGGUAAACUUUCAAGAGAAAAGGUUCAGGCAGUUUGUGCUGACCUUGUUUUCUCUUUGUUCAUAUGUCCUGCUAUUUGUGACCCUGAUCCCCAUGGUAUCACCUCGGACAUACACAUCAGUCAUAUCGCUAGACACAACUUGAUGCAGAUUGCACAGAUCAUACAGGUGCUGGCAGUUUCACAAUGGGAAGAGGGUUCAAGAGUCACAGAUCUCUAUGAAAGGUUUGAGAAGGGUUGUGUGUCAGGAUUGCUGGAUGCAUUAAUACAUGGUAUAGGUACAGAGCUGCCUGGGACAGGGGCAGGACUCGGCCACACCCAUAAUCUGACUCGCUCCUCUGUACUCAUCACCUUACCCCAGCUCAAUAUGGUGGUUUGUUUUCUGCGCUCUGUGCUGCCCAUAGUGGAUGAAAGUGUGUCUGAACAUAAACAGCUGGAGGAUCUGCUUCAGGGCCUACCGGCCAACCUCAACACCAGUACCAAUAGUCUCAUCAGUACACCCUCACAGACCCCUCCAGAUACACCGUCAAGUCAGAAAAAACUCUUCAAAGGUCCCAAAAAGAAGCUGGCUCUCACCCCUGGCAGUGGUAACAAUGAAGAUGCUCCAUCACCCCAGCCAGGGGACUCAGACUCAUCAGCAGGAAAGGAGGCAGAGGAUGUACUAAUUCUUUCCCUAGGAACAGAAAUAGACUGUCCUGGCAUGUUGACAGAAAACAAGGUAUUGUCAUGGGAACAAGAGAACAAGCGCCGGAAAGUGAAGUAUCAAACACCAACUAAUCUUUUUACUGGAGAUGGUCCACCAGUGGAGAUCCAUGAAAAACGUACUCGUUUCUCGCUUUCCCAAGAUCAGGAAUCAAUAGGAAACACAAGUGAUAUCCAGGAGGCUAUAUCAGAAGCUGCCUCCAGUCAUUCUGUUGGCUCUGUGGAUAUGGAAAAUGAUGAUGACAAUGAUAACUUCUCCGACAUGAUCUCUGCUAAUGUGAGUGGGCGUGGCACCCCUAAUAUCAGUGGGCGGGACACACCCCUCUCCCAAGCAGAGAGUGAACAAGAACAGGAAGCACCAGCUCCAGCUUUACCAGAAACUGUGCAGAAGUCAAACAGGGUGGAUGUUACUGAUCGUUUUGGGAAAUUUGAAUUAGAGCGAGAUGAGACAAAGUCGACAGUGAGUGAUACAUGGAGCACUGAUGUUCUUGCUAGUGACUCAGAGCCUCCAGAACAAAACCAGUUUGAUCGUUUGGAGGAGAUCCGUGAGGAGAUGGUACGACAGAGUCUGCUGGCUAGGAAUGAUAUUGUGUCUGAAGUAUCAGAGACCGCCAGUGAUGCUUGGAGUACAGACGUCCUAGGCAGUGACACUGAAGAAAAACAGGCGGAGAUACUCUCAGAAUUUGAUCAGGAUGAUGUUGGGAGUGUCACAGAUCUUGCUUCUAUCUCCGGCGAACAGAGUUUACCAGAGAUUCAGGACACUGUUGGAAAUGAAGAUACUCCUCUUGCCUCUGGCCAUCAGAGCCCUACAGAGGACCACCACUUAGAUCCUAUUGGGGCUGUAGGUGGAGCCUCCUCUGCUGCUAGCUACACUCCCAGUAACCAGCCCCGUCCCAGGGGGAAAAAGAAUCCUUUUGCAAAGUCCAACAGUACCCCUUCAGACAGUGUGUUUGAGGAUAAUGACCCUGGUGUACCAGUCAUGCCCUUGAGAUUGAGUACCAGUUCACACUUUGACCACAAUAAACUGAAUGUUCCUGUUAAACAGGGUCGAGGGCACUCGUCUAAAUUGGCUCACACUAAACAGUCAAAUUAUCUGUCUGUGCCAGACUCCAAGUCCUCUAGUCACUCUUCUGACCGUGCUCACUCAACCUGUGCAUUUGACUCGCUGUCCUUUAGGAAUCCUGUGUACAAUGGUGCCAAACCCAAGGAAAAGCAGAGGGCCACAUUUGCAGGGUUUGGACCCUCACAACAGCAGCAGCAACAGGGUGGUUUAGACCUGACAGGAUUUGGGCCUGUCAGACCUUCACAAAAACAAGUUUUGUCAUGGGCUGGUCCUCAUUCUGAACAAGCAUCAUAUGCUGCAAAUAACACCGAGUCACUAAGUUCAAAUAAUAGUCAAACAGACUUGGACAUACUAGCAGAACAAACAGGAAAUGUGAAGCUGUCAGAGCAACAAAAUACAACACUGGUGGACACACGUAGACUAUCUGCUGCACUGAGUAUGUUUGAUCCAGUGGUAAGUGGUGACAAUGAUUCAGGAGAUUUACUCGAUGAUGUGAGUCACUGUAGUGCCUCCUCUAAGGAGAUGAUGGACUCUCUCUCAAGCAUCAAUAAUGACGAUAAAAAGAUGGACACCGAGCCGCUAAUACAGUUUGCUGAUCAAAGUGAUGCUGCUUCAUCCCAGGCAGCUAACAAAGACUUGAAAAUCCCAGUGCCCAGGAGAAUAUCUAAUACAGGUGUUUCUGAAAUUCUAUCACCAUCAUCAACCAGUGGUGGUAGCAUCUCACUGAAUGGUAAGGAGGUGGAGGAUGACAGGAUGGAGAAAAGGCGAGGAAGUGUGACAAGCUCUCACUCCUCAGAGUCAGAAAACACAAGUGAUGGAGCUCCUUUCACCAAGUCUUCUCGCUCAGCCAGCUUCGACAACAUGUCACAGAGGUCAGAAGAAAAGGAAAACGGAGAUGAAGAUCAAGACGACAAAAGUCCAGACAAGAAAAAAGGAUUUUUCAAAUCUUUUAAAGAAAAAAUUAACAAAGUGCGCUCAGUGUAUGGCGUGGAAGGUAUAAAGAGAAAAGGCAACAAGCAUGAGUUAUCCCGAGAUGAUCCAAAUGACUUGAACAGUUCCUUGGUCAGUAACGGACAUAGUGAUGGGUCCAAGACUUCACUUGAUAACAGUUUCAAAGAUGAGAGCACAGAUGACAUUUUGGCCAAAUACAGGAAAAAACCACAAGGAAUUUUGUCAUCUCAGAAUAAUGAGUCUGGUGGUGCCACAGGAAGCUCAGUAGAUGCUGUUCCAUCAACUGUAGCAUUUAGCAAUAACCCUAUCAAAGAAAAGAGAUUUUCUAUUCGGGAUGAAGACAUGACAGAAUCACCUCACUAUGAUCCAAGCAAUCUAGAAAAUUGCUUUGCAUUCAUUGAUGCUAAACGAAAACUUCGAAUUGUGCUGAGUUCUGCUGAAUUCCAGGUUGGGUACACUCCACUGGACCUAACCUAUGGAGGUGUGUCUGGGUCAUUACGGGAAGACAACAACAGGAGGGACAAUGAGUUGGUGAGGCUGCUGCGUGCUCAGCUGGCUGAAGCAAUCAACCUGCAAAACAAAGACCUCAUAGCUCAGCUUCACGAGGCUAUUCGCUGUGUUCGCAUGUUUGAUAAUGAUGGUCUGAAGAAACUGGUGCGUUCCCUGCAAGAUGAAUACCAUAGUCGAUCUGCCUAUGUUUCCUACCUAAUCCGCUGUAGACAGGGUCUGCUGUCCACUCUGUCACACGUCACACGACUUCUGAACAGGGUCAACAGGUAUAAGGACGUGUGUAGUCGGCACCUAACAAGUGUGCUUGUCCGCAUGUUUAUUGAAAAGAAGGAAACAAGCGUGAUAAAAUUCAUAUCAGACUUCCAGAAGUUAAGUGUACCAGAUGAAAAGACUGACUUCGUAGAACAAUUCCUGCAGUAUUUGUACCAGAACAUGAACCAGGACCAGAUAUGGCAAGCUUCCAAUGACAGUCAAAUGGAGGAUGCACGUGUGGUAAUAGAACGUUACAUCAUGAGUCGUAUCUACACUCAUGCCAUGUUUCCUAAUGGAGACGGGGACAUCAUGCGGGACCAAAUUCUGCACAAACAUAUCAAGAUGUUGAGCCAGGUUAUCACACCUACACACAAGGACCUUGGCAUUCCGAGGAUGUAUCACUUUGAAUGCCCCUGGACAGCAGCUCAGAGGGAAAUAUACAUGUUAAAUGCAUAUAAGACACCAAAAGACAAGCUGCAAUGUGUACAGAGAUGUGCUGCUACCAUUAUGAACUUGUUAAGUAUGGCUAAUGAGAAGUCUGUGCCUGCAGCCGAUGACUUCAUGCCAGUGAUGAUAUAUGUUGUGAUCAAAGCCAACCCCCCUUGUAUGUUGUCUACAAUACAAUUUGUUAACAGCUUCUAUGGGGACAGGCUAUCUGGUGAGGAACAAUAUUGGUGGAUGCAGUUCUCGUCGGCUGUAGAAUUCAUUAAAAACAUGGAAUACUCCUCAGAAUAAUUUUAUAUUUAUUAAAUUGUUAUCUUUGUAUCAUCACAUAUCCUAUAGACCAUGCACUGUUAUAAAUUUGUAAAUUAUUAAAUAUCAAUAUCUAUGUGGAUUUUUUCUGAACAAGAUCCGUGGGUUCUUUAUGCACAAGCUUCACUUCAGGUAAUAAUUUUUCUUCUUAAAUUUAUUUUUCUGUUCAGAUGUUUUGCAUAUUUUUCAUUUUUUUUUUUAAAAAUUGUAAUAUAAUUUUCCAGUAGUUUAUUAAAAACAUUAUUAGUAGGAAAUGACAGCUGCUUUUAAUUUAUUGAAGUUUUUUAUUUGAUAAAGAAGCAAUUUGUCAGCACUACAUUGAGGACACAAGGCUUUGUUUUGUUCCAAGAUGACACAACUUAAUAUGCCGUCCCUAUGUAGACAUUGUCUUAGUCUAGCUAUUUUCGCUUUUAGGAAAGAAAUUUUAAAAUCACAACGUUCCAGUCAAUAUUGUAGUUUUACAGUUAUUCCAGUAAAUCAUCUAUUCCUCUCCAGGACUCUUGCUUUUGUUUAGGGAUAUCACCCAUAGAUUUUAUUGAUAAUUUGAACAGAAGUAAUAGGCAGGAAUCUGAAUUAUGGAUAGAAGUGAGUCCAGUAGUUGUGUUACUCGGAUAGCUCUUGUUCACAUUUGAUAUUUUGCUAAAUAGGAUUUGUGUUAUAUGAGUGUGUUCUGACCAACUACUACAAUGUCUAAAGCUUCAGUGGAAACCUCUGUGAUCAGUACAGAAUGGAUGUUGUGUCAGCCCAUUGAAGUUUAUGAUUUGUUGUUGCAAGGUAAAAAUUAAAAAACCUGAUAAGUAAUGUAAGUAAUUUGUGGUAGAGGUGACAAAGUUAAAAGUUAAGAAUAUUAUUUACACUUAAUAGAGGAAACUCAUAAGUAAUGAUUAAAAACAGGUAUUCAGAUGUUCCACCAAUACAGAUUUAUACCUUAAACUUUAUCACACUGGUUUCCCCUUUUGUUUUUAUGCAGAAAUCGGUUUUUAAAUUGUACAUUUGAUUUCCUAUCUUUGACAUUAGAACAGGUGAACCAAUAAUAGUGAAUUUGUUUGCAUUGUAUUGACUGUGUAUCUUUUUUUUUCUUUUAUUGGAAAUAUUGAUGCCCUCAUUAUUGAACGAAAAUAAAAACACAUCAUUUUUGAGUUUAUAAUUAGUGUGAUACGAACAGUUUUAAGGAAAACUAUUGAUUUUUAGUUAUUUGACAAUAACAAUUUGCUCAAAUGUGACUUGGCUUAAGUGAUAUAUGUAGGUAAAAAGUUCCCUGGCACUUCUUCAUCAGCAGAGUUGCGUAGAGGACAUCAUGGGCCGAUGUCUCCUCAUAUCAGUAUUACAAUGGUGUUAUCACUAUUUCAUGUUUGUACAUAGCUUUUGUUUAUAUCUCCUUUAUCAUGUUUGAAGUCAUCAAUAUUUGAUUUCCUUGGGUUAAAUCUGAAUUUAUAUUCAUUAAUUAUGAUUAGAUAAGUAAUUAUAUUUAAUUUAAUAUGUACAUUAUAUACAAUAUAUAUAUUUACAUCCUAUCAAUUUGUUUACAAAACUUGUAUUUAAUUAGUGAGGUAUACUCAACUGUAUAUAUUAAGUGCUUUGUUGAAGAUUGGAAGGUUUGUGAUAAAAUAUCUUGAUGCAUUCUGUAUAUUGUUUACUGAUUGAUGUAUAGUGAUUUUUUAUCGACAUAUAUAGCCAUAAAUGUGAAAUAUCUGCUGAAUUGAGCAGUACAUAACCUUUUGCCUAAAUUUAAUCAUUGAAUAUUAUUUUUCUUUACAGACAUUUAAUCAAAAUAAAUGUAGUGUGAGACAUGCAUAAAAUGCAACAGAUGAGUAAUAAUACAAUGAGAUUGGGUUGAAGUUAAGAAAAGAUAUUUCAGUGUAAUAUAUAUCUUGUGGGACAUCCUGUCUAGCUAGUCAUAAUUUUACUGAUUGCCAUACUAAUACAGUAAACAAGUUUUAUCAGAUUUGAAACAUUACCCAUAUUGUAGAUUUUUUUUACUGUGAUUAAAUAUCAUCAUUAAAGUUCUACUAAUUGUGUAAGAUAUACAAAAACCCUGUUUAUACAGUAGAAAUGUUUUAAGAUUGUCCUAUUUCCGUUUCCAAAUUCUGCUUAUCCUUAGGUUACUUAAAAAAUUUGACUCACUACUAUGUACUAUUUCCUGGCCUAUAGAUAACCACUGAGGACCAUCAGAUUGUACUUUUAAUCAAUGAGGGUGCUUCAGUUGUUUCACAGAGAUACUGCAACCCCUCCUAUAUGUUGAGUCACUCAAUCUGAAUGUGUUGUCAAUUUAUUGUUCCUUUAGCCAAACAAACAAGUCAGAAAAAUAUAGAGAUGAACAAAUGUGACCUGUAAAUGUAAAUAAUUAGCUUCCUUUUAAUACUUAGAUACACUAGAAACAAAUACAAUUACUAUGCUUUCAACUUUUUAAAUUUUUUCAGUGAUCAUCACAGAAAAUUUACAUCAAAAAUGGUAAUAGUGUAAAAUAUGUAACAUCAUAGAAAAGUAUUAAUAGGUAUUCUUAUUUCUUUGCUAAUGAUAUAAAUGUGGUUGAUGAAACUGACAAAACCUUUGUCACGGUCCUCUCAUUCUAUGAAUUCCAGCUUGUCUGAGUGUGAUUUAUGCCAUGAUGUGGCAUCUGUCGUCUAUUUCCUUUUUCUUUGAGUGACCUCAUACCGACAAAACAUGAUGAAACUUAACAGUUUUGGUAACCUUGACUGAGACCAAAGGUUACCAUAAUCAGACUUUUUUUAAUCAUUUAAUGUUUUGCAGACUUAUAUUUCAAAGUGGAUUUAGGAAACUUAUUUAGGCCUGUUUUGAAGAUCAAUCAAUGUUUUUUCAAAAAACAUUAAAUAAAAUAUGAAAUGAGCAAUGAAGGACAAGUUGCCCAACCUCAAAAUGUGUUUUUAAUGCAAUAAACAUUAUGAUUGACUGUAAACUUCUUCAUAACCAUGUUGACGAGCGUACUCAAGUUUGUGUAUUGCUGUCAAAAGGUGAGAAUUCUACAUUUUCUUAAUGCAUAAUAUUGUUUGAGAAGGCAAUAAUACAUUGGAAUUUUUAUAUUGACUACCAUGGAAUUCAUUUUACUUCUUCUGGCUUGUUCACUGGUGCUGCUUUCAGUUUAGAUUUAACUACACAUUAAACUUGUUUGACAUUUAUGUGAUCAAAAGUGGGAAAAAAAGAAAUGAUCAUUCGAAAAUUAUGUCCAUUCAUUAAGUUAUUCUUCUGAAAUCUUUUUAUUUCAUCCUUUGAUCUACAACAUUCCAAUCGAUCAGUGACAUGCUUUUUCAUGUUUCCAUCCAAAUUUGUAAAUUUCAUCAUAUUUGCUGAAUAAUCUUCAUUUGAGGUGAAAGCUUUAAGAAAAUUUGAACAGAAAUCUGCUGCUGGUGGACUGAAUGAUUUAAUUCCAAUGUCCAUGAGUGUGAGUGAUUUGAAUGAUUAUAAUUUUUGCGGUAUAUCACUGUCUGUUCACCAUAAUUCCACUAGCUCUGAAGACUGUAUGCGGUGUUUUUACAAUGGUGAUACUAGCUCUAUAUCAUAUGCACCAUAUGUAAGGAAGUCUCAGACAUUUAUUAAUUUUAGGCAGUAUUGAUAUCUUCUUGUACUUUUGAUAGAGUUAUUGUCCUGAAACUGUCAGACUUGCGAGCUUGGGUAUUUCACCAGUGCACAUACUGAUGAAACUCAAGAAAAGAUUGUUUCCUCAUUAAUAUGUGUAAAACAGCAUUAAAGCAGUUGUGCUUGUGAUAGAGGAUCUUGCCCGAGUUUCACUUCAUACAAGAUUUGUUAAAUGAGUGUUAGAAUAUUCAUUUCACCGUGCAUCUGUCAAAGUAUAAUGAACAAUUCAUGACAAGUUUCAUGCAUCUCACAUUUACAGAAAACAAAAUUAAAGAUUCUGUUUAUCACAUAACUUAAAUACUGUUGCAACAUUCUUAGAUACUGUUGCAACAGUCAUGAAAUAGCACACAAAUUCUGUAUUGAUGAUUUUCUCACUCUAUAUAUCUUCAUUUGGUGAUGUCACAAUGCAUAUGACUUCAUUAAGUUAUGAUAUCACAAUAACAAUAAUUGGGAUCCUUCAGUCAAUUAGUUAUAUCAAAUGUGUCAUUAUGAACAUUAUUUAACUGAUGUUAUAACAUUGAAAAUGGGGUAAUUAUUUAAUGAAGACAAAUUUUGUUUUGUUACAACAUAUCCUGCUUGUGGAAAGUGGGAUUAAUAAACAGUUGCUUACGGAGUGCCACAUUAAUAAUGUAAAGUUAGUUUAUAAACCAAAUUCCUUUGCAUGUACUAUGUAAAAUAGGUGAAUUUAUUUUAGUUACAUCUUGAAAAUCUUGAUUGUUAGGAAGGCGAUUUAAAGGUACUGUUUGGUGGAUACCAUUCUUGCAUACUGCAGGGAACUGUAAUGUUAGGAAAAAUUAAUGAUGUUACUUAUCAAAUGUGAUGUUUAAAAAUAUGAAAGAAAGAGAAAUAAUUGCUCUAAACCUGAUAGAAAUAUUGAAAAACAAUUAAAAUUAAUUCCUUACUAUUUGUAAUGGAGAUGCUAAAUGUGAAAAAAACAUGUAAAAACACUUGCAAAGUGUAUGAAUUUAUUUGCAAACUAUCUAUAUACAAUUUCUUAUGCUGUGACUGAUUAUUGUAAUGUUGCAUAUUUAACUAUAUAUACGGUGAUAUUCUGACAUAUAUGUGUGUGUAAUCCGUACACCUUUCUUGUACAAUUUUUUGUUGAGAAUUCUUGACCCAAGCAUUCCUGGGUUUCAUGCUAUAACAUAAACUCCAAGCUAUACUUUGGAAACACAAGUUGUUGUAACAUUGCCUGUUGUAGCUUGCAAACAUGUUACCGAUAGAGGAGUUGUUGACCUAAUGGGAAUGCAUAGGGUUGCAGUAUCGUUUCAGGAUGAUAUGUUGUUACGGAAGAAAAGUCAUUGUUGCUCGUUGGAAAUAAAGGCGGUUUGAACUUAAAAAAAAA